ACAUCCCUGUUCUUAUAUGGAUAAACAUAAACAAACGCCAACAAAACAAAACAAAAUAGAAAAAUGUCUGAGACAUUUCGCUGUCGCACUUGUGGGAAACGAACUCAUCGACAUAAAUUGAAACAAUUAUUUGAUGACGACGAUAUUCUGCAGAAAAUAAAGAUUCUUACUGGUAUUUGGCUAACAAAAAAAUUAAAUGUACCUAGUAUAAUUUGCUCAAAUUGCUUAACUAACUUAAAUAAGGCCAUUGAAUUUCGAGCCCUCUGCAUAAAAAGUAAUCGGCUAUAUCUGAAGAGAGGCUGUUCUUUCAAAGGAAACUUAGAGGACAAUAUUGAUGAUCCUUUGGCUAAUGAGGGCAUGAAAAUUGAGCUGGAGGACACAGUAGAUACAAUUGAAGUGGAAUUUAAUCAAAAUUUGCCCUACAAAGUAGUUACAUCGCAAAAACACUCACCAGGGGGUUUGCUUUUGCGAUUUAUGUGGUGGAAGUUUCGUGGAUGAAGCGAGUUUAAGUCAACAUCGUCAGCAUCACUGCAGUUUAGAGGACGAGGAUGAACAGAGUGAUAGUAAUUUAAAUAAAACUGAGUCGAUUUUAUAUUCUAAACACUUGUUGCUAGAUGACACUUCAAACCAGAGUCGCCAGAAUUCGUUAACUUCUAAAAAGAUUAAAAAAGCCAAGGGAUUUCUUUUGUGAUCAUUGCGGAAGACAUUUUAAUGACAAUGCCAACUUUAACCGUCACGUUCAGCGACAUUUGGGAGUUAAACGAUUUACUUGUGAGGAAUGCGACUAUAAAGAUUAUUCACAGCAUUUGGUUAAUUUACACACACGCAUUCAGCAUCGAGGAGAGCAGCCAUAUGCCUGUAAAUAUUGUGACAAACGUUUUGUAAAUAGUAUGGCACGAUUACGGCAUCAAAGAUCCCAUGUCGAGCAUGGAGAGACUGAAACCAAGAUUGUGACGUAUACUUGUACCUUAUGUGGUAAACAUUUCGUUAAUAAAAGUACUUUGCAUAAACAUGCCAUUGUGCACACCGGUGAACAACCAUUCUAGUAUCUGCGAAAUUUGUUGCAUUUACUUCAAUCGAAAGUCGAGCUUACAAACACAUUAUCGCUCUAAGACUCAUCAAAAGGAAGCAACGUCUAAGUUGGAUGAAACUGGUGUUGACUCUGAUUAAGCAAAUAUCUAUAUACAAAAUAAAAUUUGAAAAUAACCGCUUAACGCAACGAUUAGCGAUUAUUGCUCGUUACCAGUUGCAAAUGUUACCAAGCCUAUGAAGAAAGCAGUAUUUUUCUGAAAACCAAAACAGUAUAUUUUAAAAUGCAGCUUGCGGUCACGCUAUCGACGUCACAAAUAAAAUAAUAAUUUGCAUUAAAAAAUGAAGUGCGCGGUGCAUAACUGCACAAAUAAAUUCAAGUCGCGUCAAAAACAUUCACAACAAUAUAGCUUUUUUAGCUUUCCAAAGAAUCCAGAAACUUUAAAAAAGUGGUUUUUGUUUUGCCGCAAGAACAGUAAAGACAAACUAAAGAGCUACCUCAAGAGUGUCAUAUGCAAUGAGCACUUUAAAGAGGAAGACAUCCAGGGAGGAUUACAAUUUCAAAUGGGCCUAUGCUCGAAGCGAACACUGAGACCAGGCGCAGUGCCGUGUAUCAAUAAAAAUGAUAUUAGUGAGGCUGAACGUGAAAAAUCAGAGAAGCUUAAGAAUCAAAAGCUGGUCGCUGAACUGCUCGAGGAGGCGGAAGCACGUGAGGCAGCCGAGGCCAGUGGAGAAAUUAUAAUUGCCCCAGAUUUUGUGCGCAAUACAGGCAUUGUCUCAGUGCCGGAUUUUGUCAGCGCCACGGGUAAUGCUUUCGUUUCAUUUACGCCCAUGCCUACAGAAGCAGAUCCCUUGGCAGAGGAGCAGGCUGGGCAGCAGUUGAAAAUAGUAGUUGAAGUCAGUCAAAAGGAUGAACUAGCAACACCAUUAAUUGAGCAGCAGAAAUGUCGCACUUGUGGUCGUUGCUUCGUUGCUGAUGAUAAAGCGAAAGAUCUUUGCUGCGAAGAAAAUGCUGUCAUGUUGUAUCACAUUGAAGUCAUAACGGGAAUAUGGAUACAAUGCCCGGAAGAAAUUUCACGCUUCAUGUGCGCCAAUUGCGUGGACAACUUGCGCAUCGCAAUCGAGUUCCGCGAAACUUGUAUUCGCACAGAGCUUCAACUUCAAGGUGGCGACGAUGUGGAGGUGGCUAAUUGCAAGAAUGAGGAGGAAACACAGACGCUUGACAAUAACAACGACAACAGCAGCGAUAUGAAAGCUGAACAAUAUGUUACAAUUCUGUCAGCAGAAGGCGAAAAUGAGCAAGCCACUAUUAUUGUGGAGCCUAUGCCAAAUUCUGUAAUUAGAAAAACGGGUCAGGUGCAACAUCCAGGCUCAGGAGAUUCGAAUAGCAUUGCGUUGGGGGCGCAAAUCUAUGAAGAUCUUUUAAACGAAUACAGAGGUAUGGAUAAGAUGCCGCGGCCCCGCAAAAAGAAGGUAGUAUCAACGCCAACGCCCAUACCAAAGACGCCAGUGAUUAAACAACGAAAGCGCCGAGUUCAGGAGAAGAAACCUAAGCGCACAAAGCGUACGAGAGAGGAGAAAAAUCGCAUUCGUCGUGAACAAAUCAGAGCACUACCACUCAAUCAUGUGUGCGAUCAAUGCGGCGCCUCGUUCCGAGUGCGUUGUAAUCUAACCAUACACAUGCUGCGCCACACGCGCACCAAGAACUAUCCUUGCCCCGAGUGUCCCAAACAAUUCUAUGACGCUUACAUGAGAAACAUGCAUAUCCGUGUCCGACAUCGCGGCGAACUACCAUUUGUCUGCAACUAUUGUACGAAAGCGUUUAGUUCAUCGAAUACUCGUUAUCUGCAUGAAAAAAACGUUCAUGGAGCAUCGCCACGUAUUCACCGCAAUGUCAAUAAAUUGAAUCAGCGGCUCGAGAUUAAGGAAAAGCCACCGCUGCCAGCACAGGAAUCACAGCCUAAGGAAAAUGUUCGUCAUUAUUGCAACUAUUGUGACAAGAGCUAUGCAACAAAAUAUGCGUUAAAUGGUCAUAUUAAUCUACACUUGGGUCUGACGCCCUUCAAGUGCAAGCUCUGUGAAAUGCGAUUUGCGGAUCCGCAAUCGAAAAAAAAGCACGAAAUGAGGCACGACAGCAAGCGGCCCUUCGAAUGCGAUAUUUGCCUCAAGGGAUUCUAUGUGCGCAGCAAACUGAAAGAGCAUGAGCGCAUUCAUACCGGCGAACGUCCUUACAGGUGCGGCAUUUGUAAUGCAUAUUUUCGGUACAAGUUCAACUUGUAUUCGCAUCAGUUCAGCAAAAUGCACAAGGAUAAUCUGCAAAAGGUAGAAAAAGAGCAGAUUGUAGAAGACUCAAGUUAAUUAGAAAGGGGAUUAGACUAAAUUUUGUAUAUAAUUUAAGUUAAAAAAAAUGCACAAAUGGAAUAGUUUUAUUUUGAUAUGAAUAGAAGUCUCAAAGUGGCA